CCCUCCUCUUUCCCUUCCCCCAGAGUAGCUGCCGGAGGAGGCCGGCAGACAGGCGCGGCGCGGCGCGGCGCUCCUGUUGUGUUCUCUUGGGCUGUUUGCUCGGCCCGGCCCGGCCGUCGCAGCUGCCGAAGAAACAGCCCCCCUCGCUCCUCGGGGCGCGACGCAGCCAUGAGCGGCGGGGAGGUGGUCUGCCAGGGCUGGCUCCGAAAGUCGCCCCCGGAGAAGAAGUUGAAGCGCUAUGCAUGGAAAAGAAGAUGGUUUGUGCUCCGCAGCGGUCGGUUGACAGGAGAUCCAGAUGUAUUGGAAUACUACAAAAAUGACCAUGCCAAGAAACCAAUUCGUAUCAUUGACUUGAAUUUGUGUCAACAAGUGGAUGCUGGAUUGACAUUUAACAAAAAAGAAUUUGAAAACAGCUAUAUUUUUGACAUAAACACAAUAGACAGAGUCUUCUAUUUAGUUGCUGACAGCGAAGAGGAGAUGAAUAAGUGGGUUCGAUGUAUUUGUGAUAUCUGUGGAUUCAAUCCUACUGAAGACGAUGCUGUGAAGCCGCCUGGCAGUUCUCUGCCGGUACCAGCCGAAUUACCCUUAGCUGUCAGUACUUCCCUGCCAUCUGUACAAGCAGAACCAUCCCUACCUCCUCCAUAUCAGCUAAUUAACAUCCCACCAUUGGAGUCUGCCUCCAGUCAAGAAGAUCCACAAGACUAUCUGUUACUAGUCAACUGUCAGAGUAAGAAGCCUGAACCAGCAAGCUCUUUCAUCUCAGAAGAAGGGGAGGAGUAUUUACUGCUGGAGGAUUUUGAAAGUAAAAAAGUUCCAUUGCAGUUGCCAGCUGAUACAGCAAAAACUGCCUGUUCUGAAACAGAUUGCAAUGAUAAUGUGCCUUCCCAUAAAAGUUCUGUGCAAUCACUAAACAAGCAUGCAGUGAAUGGAUAUUUUCAGCAACAUAGUGUAUAUGAUUCCCCCACAUCAAGAGCAGCUUCAGUGUCAGUAGAUGGCAGCCUUUAUAAUCUACCACGGAGUUAUUCUCAAGAUGUUUUACCAAAGGCAUCUCCUUCUGGAACUGAUACAGACGGAGAGCAACAUGUUUUCAGCACUCCAUCUGCAACAUCUUCUCUUGAUACACAGAUGAGGCAUUUCUCCCUUAGUUAUGACAUUCCCUCAACACCUGGAAGUACUUACCAGAUUCCACGAACUUUUCCAGAAAGUUCAUUGACUCAAGGUUCAAAGCUAGAGACUAUUCCAGAUGUCCCUCCACCUCGCCCACCAAAGCCCCAUCAUGCUUCAGAUCGCUCUCCUGUGGAGGCAUGUAGUAUCUCUCGUACUGCCUCAGAUACCGAUAGCAGUUACUGCAUCCCUACAGGCGGCUUGCUCCCAUCUCGCAGCAACACAAUUUCCACCAUGGAUAUGAAUAUAUUUCGCAAAGACAUUGGUUCUCAAGACUGCUAUUUUGUUCCACGAACAUUUCCAAAUGAUAGAUCAAGCUCACUGGAAGGCUUCCAUAACCACUUUAAAAAUAAAAGUCUUUUGACUGUUGGAAGCGUUUCAAGUGAAGAACUGGAUGAAAAUUAUGUCCCGAUGAACCCCAAUUCUCCUCCACGCCAACAUUCUAGCAGUUUUACUGAACCCAUCCAAGAAAUGACGAACUAUGUGCCAAUGACUCCUGGCACUUUUGAUUUUUCACUAUUUGGAAUGCAAGUGCCUCCACCAGCACACAUGGGAUUUAGAUCCAGUCCAAAGACUCCUCCUAGAAGGCCAGUCCCUGCGGCAGAAUGUGAACCUCCCCCGGUGGACAGGAACCUCAAGCCAGACCGGAAAGGUCAGAGCCCUAAAAUUUUAAGACCUAAGCCUCAUGGUUUAGAGCGAACAGAUUCACAAACCAUAGGUGACUUUACUACAAGGAGAAAGGUGAAACCAGCACCACUAGAAAUUAAACCUUUAUCAGAAUGGGAAGAAUUGCCAGCUCCAGUUAGAUCUCCAAUCACCAGAAGUUUUACACGAGAUUCUUCCAGGUUUCCAUUGUCUCCCCGACCAGAUUCAGUUCAUAGUACAACUUCUAGCAGUGAUUCACAUGACAGUGAAGAGAAUUAUGUAGCCAUGAAUCCAAAUCAGUCCAAUGAUGAUCCAGUUUUGUUUGGCAGCAGCAGUCUUGAUGGGGGAAGCAGUCCUAUGGUAAAACCUAAAGGUGACAAGCAGGUGGAAUAUUUAGAUCUGGACUUAGAUUCUGGAAAAUCUACCCCACCUCGCAAGAAAAAGAGUAGUGUUUCUGGCAGCAGUGUGGCUGAUGAAAGAGUCGAUUACGUUGUUGUUGACCAACAAAAAACAUUAGCGCUGAAGAGUACACGAGAAGCUUGGACAGAUGGAAGGCAAUCAACAGAAUCUGAAACGCCAACAAAAAGUGUGAAAUGAAAAUAAAAACCUUUGAAGUCCUGUUUAAAUGUUCUUAAAGAGAGCCACCAUUAACUGAGAGAAGAAUACUUCAAUGAAAUAUUUUUCUUCAAAUAUUUCAAUACCAAGCUGAUGACAACAUGAAAUAAAACAGUAACCUGUGGCAAAUCUUAGUGAUUUUUAUGAUGUAAAAUAGUAUUUCUUAGGUCCCAGAAAAACAUUUUGGCCUGGAGUUAACUGAUUGAUAGUAUUACAAUGUUGUAUGCACUUUUUCCUUGUUAAAAUGGUGGUUCAUCUUUCUCCACCUAAUGUACUUUUAACAUCCUCCUUUCUCCCUCUGACACUACUAUAUAACAUUCUAGAAAGUAAGCUAUGUGUAUGAUAUUGAAAUUAAGGUCUGAGGUGCAUUUUAAUAGCUCAAAGAUGAAUUAGAAAAAAAUAGUUUCACAAUUUUAAUCUACUUGAAGUGUCAGGAGAUGAUUUGUUAAAUGCCUAUGUUUUAUAUUUAAUACAUGCAAAGAGUAUUUCAGAAUCUACAGGUUGCCUUCCUAUCAGACAGGGCUGUGAGUUCGUAAUAAUAGGCACGUGUUUGGAUCUACCCUAAUGUCUUAUGCAAUAGCGCACUAGUUAGAGGAGGUCCUUUUGAAUUUUCACUGAGAACAGUGUUCUUUGUUUGGCAAGCAAAGAUUCUGCAGGGAGGGAUCUUUGCCCAGAAUAUCACAUAACCCUCAAUAUCACUGAAGGUGUGCAGUAAUAACUGAUCUCACUCUUUAACUGCAAAGUAUAAUAUUUACUUUAUUUACAAAAGACAGAAACUCUGACAUCAGGUACGUACCUAGCACCAUUGUGCUAGCUCACAUAUCAGGUUCAAACAAUGUGCUUUUAAUUUUCUACUGCAACCAAACCUUUGUAUUGGUUUUUAGUAUGAAAAUUUGUGAGGCGGUUUGACAUUCACUGUUUAUAGUACUAGAAGAUACUGUGAUUUUUGUUUUGUUUUGUUUUUAAAUCAGAUUGCAAUACAAAUGGAAAUAUUAUGUCUUGACACCACAUGAAUCUUUUUAAUGAUCUUUGUUAUGCCUAGUUUCUUGCUUGGCCUUAUAUUUAAAUUCCUAUGCAAGUGAUAUUUUUUAACAUCUUCUUGUUGUUUUUUAAAGAAAAUACAAGAUUUAUCCCACUUUUUAAAAAUUCCUUCAGGUACAGAAUUCAUUUUGAGUACUUUGAUUUAUUGAUUCACUAUCCUUACUCCAAAUAGACGCUGCCUCAACAACUAAAAAGGGAAAAGGUAGUUCUCUUUAAAGUACAAUUUUAAAAAAUCAGUUGUGAUGGAAAAAUCUACUAAUUCAUUCUUACGUGGUUAUAGUAAAGAAAAUAUUGUAUUCUCCAUACCUCCUAAAUAUUGAAUUAAAAUAGAAAUGCUGGCCUUAAUACUGUGUUUAAUUUCCCAACACAAUCCCAACUCAACAGUAUGUAAAUUUUCUUUAUUCCUAACAAGGUUUCUUUUUAAAUUAGAAAUAUUUUGGUGUUUUAAAUGUUUUUUAAACUAAACAUUGCAUUUUGAGAUGAAUUUUAAAUAAAUUCAAGUUGUUCUGCUUCAUGUGCAAGUCAUUGAUUGAGACCCACAGG